AUGUUUCAACUUUUGACAAAAACAAUAGUAUCAAAUGUUGGUAAAAAUAGUUUAAAUAACAUUUUUACAAAUAAUUCAUUUAAAAAAAAAAGAUUUUUUUGUAAUGUUGGGAAACCAAUCGAAAUUAAUCAACUUAAACAAUCGUUCUCAGAGUUAUUGAAAUUAGAUUACAAGAAAACUCAAGAGGAAGGUUUACCAAAAAAUUUAUUAGAUGUUCAAAAUGAUAUUUUAAAAUCAAAUGAAAAAGAACUUGAUACUCAAACUAGAAUGAUAUCAUCCAUUUUCCUUUGGAGAUCAUUAUGUUUUUUAAAUCAAACUCCAAAUAGUAUGAAAAAAGAAGAAUUAGAUAAAUUAUGGAAUUUAUUAAAUAUUGAUAAUAAAGAUAUAAUUAAUAAACAUGAAUAUAUUUCAAUAUUAAAUCAUAGAAUUGGUAUAAGUUUUACAAGUAGAUAUCUUUUACCAAAAUUAUUUGAAGAUAUAAAAAGGGUUGUAAAAGAAGUUAAAGAUGCAAAUGAAAAUAAUUCAACACCAAUAUCAUCAUUAUUACCAUUAAUUAAUAUAGCAUUCACAUCAUCAGCUCAUUUAAGUAUGUGGAAAGAAAUGAAAUAUUUAGGUAAUGAAAUAAGUUUAAAUAAAAAUGAAAUAUUUGAAAACAUCAGAAAUGCUUCAUAUGAAAUUGAUUAUUUAUUUGAUUAUACUUCAAUUUAUCAUAUUUUAAAUUUAAAUAAUCAACAACAACAACAACAACAACAACAACAAUCAACAUCUCUAUUACCAUUAAUCAUUGAUACAAAUAAAGAUAGUGAACCAAUAAAUUUUGAAAAGUUUAAAACUUUUAGAGUUUAUGAUGUUGAAUCUUUUUCUUUUAAAAAUUUAACAAUGAAAACUGAAAAUAUGUCAACUGAAACAAAUGAAAAAGCAAUGAAUGAAUUUAAUGAAAAUAAAAAUCAAAUGAAAAAUCAAAAAAUUGAUAGAAAUGGUUAUUUUAUGACUGAAUUAUCAAAUCAACCAUUUAUUUUAAUUUUAGGUAGCUCAUUUAAAUUUGAUAUUUGUUUUGAUACAAAUUUACAAAUGACACAUAGUGGUGUUAUUGAUAAAGAUUUUAAAAAAGUUCAAUUAUAUGGUACAUAUGAUGAAUUUGAUAAAACAAAAGUAGAAUCAGAAUAUAAUUUAGAAAUUGAUCAAAAUAUUGUACCAGAUGAUAAUGAACCAUUUAUUCAAUUAAAAGGAACUCAUAGAAAAAUUGAAACCAGAACAAAUACUGAAAAAACAAUUUAUGAUAUGGAUGUAAUAAUUAAUUUACAAAGAAGAAAAUUAUUACAUGAAGUUGAAGUAAAAUAA